AGAGAAAGCAAAUCCCAUGUCUGAGGCAAGGCAUAUGUCUCAGUCCUGUGCUAGAAAAAUCACAAAAACAGAGAAAAGACAAGGAAAAGCUAGAGGAUAACAUGCAAAAACCCAACCUUCCCAAGAACCUCUCUUUCCACCUCCCAUGGAGCUCCUCCCCGCUCCCUUCCCCUCCCUCCUCUCCAGACACCAUCAAUUCCCUCCUCAACCCCACUCCAAACCCCGCCAUGGCCGCCUCAAAGAACCUAUCAUGGCGUUCGCGCAGGCUCCUCCCCUCCCGCUUCCGCUUCAAGAAGCGAGAAGCAGCUCCCACUCCCCUCGCCACAGAACCCGACCACCCUUCCAAGAACCAAGAACCCAUCCGCCGCCCGGUCCUUACCUUCGCAGUGAGCCCCGGAUUGUCUCGGAGACGAAGCUCAUCACGACGCACUCCUGUGCCGAGCGCCUGGACGACGCCCGCAAAGUGUUCGACGGAAUGCGCCGCAGGGACCUACUCGCCUGGUCAGCCAUGAUCGGCGCCUACGCCAUCAGGGGCAUGUACAGCGAAGUAAUCCAGCUCACGGUGCGCAUGGUUGGGGAAGGGGUCAUCCCGGACAGGUUUUUGAUCACCCGGGUUCUGCAGGCGUGCGCCUACGCCGAGGACCUAGAGCUCGGGGUGGCUCUGCAUUCCAUGGCCAUCCGGAGAGGGUUUAUGGGGAGGGUGAGAGAUGUGCCGGUCGGGAACUCUGUGCUGGCGAUGUAUGUCAAGUGUGGAGAAUUGGGGCAUGCGCGAAUGCUGUUUGAGAAGAUGGAGCAACGGGACUUGGGCACAUGGAACUCCAUGAUCUUUGGGUGUUGCCGGUUUGGCGAGUGGGAGGAGGCACGGAGGCUGCUCGACCAUAUGAGGUGCGAAGGUACAAAACCCGGGGUUGUCACGUGGAAUACAUUGAUUUCGAGCUACGCUAGGUCUGGGGACCUUGAUGUGGCCAUGGAACUGCUGGAGCAGAUGGAGGAGUCUGGAGUUGAUCCGGAUGUUGUCACCUGGACUAGCCUUGUGUCAGGUUUUGUCCACAGUGAUAGAGGAGACGAGGCACUGCAGUGUUUCAUCCGGAUGCGUCUUGCUGGAGUGGAACCAAAUGGUAUGACAAUAGCGAGUGCCAUCUCUGCUUGUGCGAGUUUGAAGUUACUGAGUCAGGGAAUGGAGCUCCAUUGCCACGCCAUUAAGGUUGGGAGUGUUAACAAUGUGCUCUCAGGGAACUCCUUGGUUGACAUGUAUGGAAAAUGUGGAGAAAUUGUUGCAGCUAGGAGAAUAUUUAAUGAGAUACCUGAGAAGGAUAUCUUCUCCUGGAAUUCAAUGGUUGCAGGGUAUGCACAAGCAGGCUAUUGCGGCAAAGCAUAUGAGCUCUUCUGUAAGAUGGAGAAUGAUGGUGUUCGGCGCAAUGUGAUAACCUGGAAUAUAAUGAUCUCAGGAUACAUACGAAAUGGGGAUGAUGAGAGAGCUUUUGAGCUAUUCCAGAUGAUGGAAAGCUAUAGAGUGAAAAGGGAUACAGCUUCUUGGAACAUACUCAUUGCUGGUUCAGUGCAUAAUGGUCAUUUUGAUAGAGCCCUAAGAAUAUUCCGGCAGAUGCAAUCACUUCUGGUGAGACCGGACUACAUUACAAUCCUAAGUAUCAUUCCAGCAUUUGCAAACCUAUUUGCGGUUUGGAAAGUACGGGAGAUCCAUGCCUGUAUUUUUCACCACAACUUAGAAAUGGAUGGCAAAAUUGCAAAUGCGCUUAUCAAUGCCUAUUCAAAAUCUGGCGAUCUUGCUGGUGCAUGUGCUGUUUUUGAUAGGCACUCGUCAAGGAACAUUAUUUCUUGGAAUUGCAUAAUUCUCACAUACUUGUUGCAUGGUUUUCCAAAUGAAGCAUUGGAUCGCUUCUGUCAAAUGAAGCAAAAAGGCGUGCUCCCAGAUCAUACAACUUUGACUGCUGUUAUCAAGGCCUAUGGUCUCAAGGGAAAUAUAUCUGAAGGGAAAGAAAUAUUUCUUAAUAUGACUCGUGAGUACAACAUAACUCCAAAUUUAGAUCAUUAUGCAGCAAUGGUACAUCUUCUUGGCCGCUCAGGGAGACUACAAGAAGCAUAUGAGCUUAUUGAUGAAAUGCCACUGAUACCCAAUUCAGCAGUCUGGGAGGCAUUUCUUACUGCAGCAACAGUUCAUGGGAAUGUAAGGCUGGCAUACCUGGCUGUAAGGGAACUGUCGCUGAUUCAGCCCAGAGACCCUAGAAUCCAAAGGCUGCUUUCUGAUCUGCAAAAUCUAGAUGGAAAGUUUGUUGAUAUGCCGGACAUGAUGGUACCCAACAAAGGAAGAGAGUUGGAUGAGGUUGAUAGUUGUUCAGUUGAAAUUAAGAACAAGGUCUAUUUGUUCUCACGUGGCGAUAAUUUUGUCUUAGAGCAUACAAUAGCUGAACUAAAAUUGAUGAUGAUUCAGAUGGGUCUCUCAGUGCCAAACAAUGGCAAUGGAACUCUAGAUGUUGAAGAAGAAACAGAAGAAGUAACUGGAAUCCAUUGUGAGAAGCUAGCGAUUGCUUUUGCGGUUUCUAAUUCCCCUCAUUUCAGAAGCAUUCGGAUAAUAAAAACCGUAAGGAUGUGUAGCCAUUGCCACAACUUUGCCAAGUUAGUUUCAGAGAAAUAUGGGCGGCAGAUACUGAUCAAGGAUCCAAAUUGUUUGCACAAGUUUGAGGGUGGAAAGUGCUCAUGUGAAGAUUAUUGGUGAAUACAACUGGCAUAAGUCUACUGGGCAAAAGAUAUUGUCAAGUGACCAUGCCCUAGCAGUGUCCUGUACAGGAAAUACACACAGCUCACCUCCUGAACGGAAUCUUCAAUUUGUUCGAAAUCAGUUACGCCAGUAGUUGCAUUGUCUUGGAAUUCCACUGAUACCAAAUAUAUCUUCAACAUCGGUACGAAAGAUAUCUUUUCCAAGAAUUAUAUCGCCAAACUCAGGAUAUCCUGUUCAAGAAUUAUAUCUCCAGAUAAAAAUCUUUAUUACUCCGGUAUCAGAAAAUACAAGCCAUUCUGAUGAUAUUCCCAGCUUCAGCGAGGCUACCACGGACGGAUUGGGAGAGUACUUCACCUCAUGUGGUUACUGAGCACUGUCAUGACAGGUUCAGAAACUUGUAUGUGGCAAAACAUUGAAGAAUUAAGUGGUCUUCAUUUUACACUGCUGUUGCAAAUAGGAAAUCAGACUUAAGAAGUUAGAACUUCAUAUUACCAUUAACCUUAGUGAUAGUGAGGCUACAAUAGCUUUUAGCUACAUUCAUUUGGUCCAUCCAGUACAGAAUGUAGCUAUUCAAUAUGAGAAAUUCGGGUUAUGUUGUC